GUCUUAUUCUAUCAGUAUUGAUGCGUUUGAGAUCUUGAUGAUCAAUAAUACUACUGCUCGCUUAAAAAAGAGGCUUGCAGAAAACGCACCACAUUUGCAAAAAAGUAAGAAAAGAGAACGAUAUUGGCAAGGAUCCAAUAAACGAAUAUCAAGAUGGCGGAUUCAAUACGAUCUCGCCCACACACACGUUCGCGAUCUCGCGUCCUUUCCAUUGAUGAACGCCCCGAAACACCCUCUCGAUUCGAAGCUGGUUUGAAUACAGCUCCUGGCAUGGUCAGGCCGGCCCCCCGAUCUACUCGACAGCUUGAUGAAGCUGGUUCUCUUGAUGAGAAUAAUGGACACCCAGGUGUCUACCGUUCGGGCGGGGCAAUAUCAAACCAACAGAUGGAGCAUCUCAAGAUGACAUUUGAGAUAGAGAAGGAGAGGCGUAGAGUCCUAGAACUCGGACUACAACUGGAAAAACUCCAUCAACAGAGAUCCUCUACGGAUCGACCACAGGAUGUCAACAAUCAUCCUGCCACCACCUCAACAGCUACAACAGCUACAACGCACAACCUGAAGGUCCUACCCAAUGCAGCCUGCAAAGCGGCUGCGGCGAUUCCUUCAGCGACACCAGGCCUACCGACUGCAGCCUGUAAAGAGACUGCAGCGAUUCCUGAUCCAUCAAUUGAUAAUCUAUUCAUUGAUGAGGAAAUUCAACCUGAGUGUCCAUUAUUUCUUGUACCCACUAAUAAUUGGUGGAUUGACUAUGAUAUCUCCGCGAGAAUACCUACUCUUUUAGUGCAGAAUACACUGAACUCCCUGGAACCCACAGUUGAAUCUGAUGAUCCUCCGACAUCUACAAGGAAUAUCACUACAGUGGGGGAAGCUUCAGUGGGGGACAGUCUUGAAGACCUACCCACUGAUCCCGAGAUCGCUGCACUUCCGAUCCCGAAAAACCUCACACACGCCAAAGCUUCCAUGGAAUGGAAGUAUUAUUACAAGGCCUGUGUUAAAGAGUCAUUUUUUGUACCUGUACUUGAUUUGAAGGCGAAUUUUGUAUAUAGCAUCGUGUAUAGUUACUCUGGAUGCACUUCAGAUGUGUCUGUUGAUUAUGUGCUUGAUACUAUUGCCAAGGUAUCUUUUUGUAUUUUUCUGCCGGAUGUGGGCCAGAUUGGGAAGGGUGGUCAGAGAUCUUCCAAAAUCAAGAAGAUUGAUGCAUAUGACUAGGUCUCUUUGCCUUACAAUUUGUAUGGCAAUUUGGCCCGGGGUUGUGGUGUGAUAGGGGUGAACAGGGGAUAAUCCCACACAGGAGUUUCGAACAACAUCUGGUUCACAUUUGGCUGGAUAACUCCACCACCACAUGGGGUAUGCAGUCGGCGAUGGGGUCAAAAUGCUCAUAUGAUCGAGGGCUUUUCGAUGGAUCUAUCGGCGGGUUCUUAUUCGAAAAAUUGAGCGAGUUCGUGGUGGAGCGCUUGACUGAAUAUAUUUUGUAUAAAUACACUAGAUAAAAUUACUCUCAAGAUUCAAUUGCAAUAUCUGUAGA